GACGUGAUGAUGACGUCAGCGAGUGGUGCAGGAAGAUGGGGCACAAGAGAGAUGAGAGAGACAUCAGACACGGAGACCGCAAAGGCCAUGAAACGAUAUGAUGACAGACAGUCACAGCCAGUGUGUUGGUACACAGCCUGAUCAGACAGCAUGGGGCUCAAGCUCAGUGGCAAUAAGGGACAGCAGAGCCACAGGCUGGUGAUCUUUGCGGCCAUCAUCGUCCUGAUGACACUCCUCAUCCUGUAUGGCUCCAAUAACGUCAAUGAUGCUGUUUAUGCUCCCUUCCAUGUGGCUACAAAUUAUGCUAUCAAGGCAACAGAUCUGAAGAAGUGGUCUGGGAAAGACGGCUAUGUGCCUUUUCACGGAAACAAGACUAUGAACCUACAGUGUCAUAACUGUGCGCUGGUGACGAGCUCCAGCCAUGUCCUGGGUACUCGAGCCGGAAAAGAGAUUGACAGUACGGAGUGCGUGAUUCGUAUGAAUGAUGCCCCCACGCUGGGGUAUGAGACUGACGUAGGGAACAAGACCUCUCUGAGGGUCAUAGCCCACUCCAGUGUGUUCAGGGUGGUGCGGAGGCCUAAUGAGUACCUACAGAGGCCAGACAGCAACCCAGUGAUCAUCUUCUGGGGACCCCCAAACAAAAUUGGGAAGGAGGCCAAAGGAACGUUGUACAGGUUGAUCCAGAGGAUCAGCAUGACCUACAGCAACUUGUCUUGCUUCAGUAUCACAGCCAACAAGAUGCGCAAAUUUGACAGCCUGUUUCACAGGGAGACGGGACGAGAUAGGCAAAAAUCUCACUCAUGGUUGAGCACAGGCUGGUUCACCAUGGUCAUAGCCAUUGAGAUAUGUGACAAUAUCAAAGUAUAUGGGAUGGUUCCACCAAACCACUGUGGAAAAUCCAAACCUGGAUCUAAGAAGAUGCCCUACCACUACUACAAGCCCAGGGGUCCUGAGGAAUGUGUGACAUAUCUACAGAACGAGGGCGGCCGAAGAGGGAACCACCAUCGCUUUAUCACAGAGAAACAAGUGUUUUCACGCUGGGCAAAGCAGUACAACAUCACCUUCACUCACCCCAACUGGUGAAAGACUUUUGUGAAAACCACAAAGAGAUCUCUCUGCACUCACAGAGGCCCGAUAGAGCACGACGGGAUGACGAACCCAAAUGAGCCAUCAAGAAGCCCUGCUAUUUCCAGGAAAUGCCAUAAGGAUAAAAAUAGGUUUUGGAAGAAACUAUUAUCAGUGGACCAAACGACUGAGGAAGAGAGGUCAGGGUCUUGGCUUAGAGAGGAAAUACUAUAUUGUGUAUAUUCCACAUCGACAUGUGGCGGCCGUCUGACAGAUCUUUUUUGUAAAUAGAAAAGAAAAUGAAUUUAAAGAUGAAUUUUUACAUGUUUAUAAUAUUUUUGUUAUGUAUUGAAAAUGCACUUUUGUUUACCAUGUUGAGGGGGGAUUACAUCAGCAGGCAUUCUCAUAGAUAUGACUAAGUGGCCUACAAAACACUAUAUUCUAUCAGCUUUACAUUAGCAUCCAUCAUACGGAGAUUAUACUCAACAGUAAUUGCAGUGAGAUUCAGCUGACCACUAAUUCAAUAUGCAUGUACAUUGGAGCCCUCUGAUGCAGUGUAAGAGCAAUGUGGCUGGGUGCAGUAAGUAGAAUACGUUUCGGAGACAGUAUCGAAACCAUACUUUCUCCAUUGUCUUGGCUUGAAUAGUAUAAACAUUUCUACAUAUAUUUUGAUUUAAAAACAACUAAAUAAGUCUUAAAAUGAGCAAAAAUGGGAUUUAAAUCAGGAAAUAUCCAACUCAUGAGUAAACACGACUGCCAGCAUACUGUACUUGGUGCUACAGAUACCUUUGUGUAAUUCAACACUGACUAAUUACACAACUGUUUGUGGGUCAAUUAUUCUUUUUGUAAUAAUAGGACACACUCAGAUUGCGGAAAUUAUGUGGCACCAAAUGUAUUCUAGAGAUACUGAUUGCCACAUUAUACAGAAUAUUAUCAUUUAUAGCAUCAAUUUAAAGAUUUUAGUACUUCAUUGUGUCAUUUUUGCUGCACUAGAUGUUGAUUUGAAUGUUCUCAUGGAAUUUAGACUAUAAACAUAAAACUGUUGCCUCAUGAACUUAAACCUUUUUACCUCAGUGGCAUACCAACGCAUGCAGCUUCAGUUCAACUAGUUCACAGAAUGCAUCAUGGUCGUGUUAUGUAUUAGUAUGUUGCUCUAGGGACUGCACGAUUCAAUUAAAAGUGACAUUGCAAUUUUAAAACUUAACUUAAGCAGAGGAAGGUGCAGUUUUGUAAACUAUGUUGCCUUUUGCAAGUAAUUGUAAAAACAUUGUCAGAAUAUUAAUCUUCAGGAGAGGUACGCAAUGCGCUUGAUUAGUUGUGAUCAGAAACGGCGGUAUCGUUUACUUCUUUGAAACAAAUGAUCAAAAUUGAAUGAGGGAAAUACAUUAAUCGACUGUUCUGCUACCUUACAGACAUUAAAUUGCCUGCUAAAUUUAUCGAGGUAUUACAUUGAAAUAGUAACAUUACUGAAUUUUACAUGAUGCUUAAUUUUAGAAGAGCUGUAAACCUUAAAUUUUGUCCACCCAAUUUACAAUAUAUCAGUGAGAAUGGAGUAUUAGAAACACCUGUGCAUACAACUCAAUACAAUAUAACAGCAGUUCAAACUACAGGCUUCAGAGUAACCAAAAACUUAAAUCACCAUCUCUCUUAAACAGUUUAAACUCAAACUGGACAUUACAACCUUUAUGCAGGUAUUAUUUAUUGCAGGGCUGUUGUAUCACACUUCAUAACUUUUUGCUUGGUGUACCUAAUAAUCUGGACAGUAAGCCCAUGACUAACCCAGAAAAACAUUGCAAACCUGGCAUUAAAAUGAAAUCUGUACCUGGCUUACUUGUGUGAAUGAGGGAAAAUGAAAUACUAAUACAAAAGGGGCAGAUGCAUGCAGCAUGCACGGCAACAGGAAAGUGAUUGCACCCGCAACACACUCUGAGAGCUAUAGAGGCCUGUAGUCUUGCAUUAAACACAGAUGGGGCCACUUUCUUUUAACGCAGGCAUGUGUUUGACCUACUCGCUCAGAAACCUGAAGCCGACUCUGGUGUUUAUUGAUGAAAAUAUUCAGUGCCAUUUGUUUGUCCAUGUUGUGUCGAUCUCAACGUUGUUUUUUUUUUUGUUUUUUUCAAAGUUCUGUACUGUUUAUCAAAAACAUAUUAUAUGCUUUGAAAAAUACAAUAUGAGUCAGUUC